GAUCCAGUGGGAGGUGUCCCUGCCCAUGGCAGGGGGUUGGAACUGGAUGGGCUUUGAGGUCCAUUCCAACCCAAACCAUUCCAUGAUUUCUGGUUAGUUGCUUUGAAAUCUAAACCUGAUUCUGCCUUCCGCAUGGCCGUGUUCUUCAAGGCCUUAGUAGGACUUUGGCAGUGAACCAGGCUUGCUGUGGGUGUUGUAGCUGGUGGAAGCGAUGCAGUUGUGAACAGAUGUGGUGGUCUUUGACUUGUGGACACGCUGGCAAUAGCAGCUGUUCAGGGAGACUCGUGUUCUGGGCCUGCCUUCGGCUGGAGGGGGUGAAACCCACUGCACGCAAGACAACGUGACAAUGUGAUGUUGGGAAUGGGAAUAAGCUUUGUCCUGUGUGAAGCACAGAUAGAUGCUGCCCAGUGAGGUGGUUCAGUUGCCAUCCCUGGAGGUAUUUAAAGGACAGGUAGACAAGGUGCUUAGGGACAUGGUUUAGUGGCAGGUGGGAAUGGUUGGACUCGAUGAUCUAAGAGGUCUUUUCCAACGUAGUGAUUCUAUGAUUCUACGAAGCGAGGCAGCAAAGGAUUGCAUCCUGUAACAGCCCGACUGGGAGGGCAGUGAGGAGCAGGGAGAGGAGGAGGGGUGAGAAUUCCAAGGCAGGAUGGUGAAUCACUGAGCCUAUGCCUCAGGGUUUCCUUGGCAGAGCGCUGUGUGCAAGGCCUGGCUGUGCCCGAGCUGUACCAGAAACCAGGGCACACACAGCCCGGCUCUCCCGAGCUGUGCGUAUUGAAUGUGAACCAUGCCAUCAACACGUAUUUGUGCUUAUGGGGAACAUCGGGCUCCACCAUCCCAGGGGCUGCGAGUCUUCAGGAAAUGCUGUAAAAUCUCCGUGCUCAUCCGAAAUUUCCAAGUGGGGGAAAAAGACAGGUCCAGAAAAACCUAACAAGGUGUGUGCUGCAGCUGGAGUGGGUUUUUGGGUACCAACAUCACCGUCAGCAGCCUCAUAGAGGUUUCCCGGGCGACUGCGUCUCUGCAUCGCCUCCCUCCCACGCCCAGUACCACAUUGCCAUGGCAGCCCCCAAGGAAAAUAGGCUCUUCCCUCCUCAGCCGUACUAUAUCCCCGGCUAUAAGGGCUUUGUCCCUCAGUACAAAUAUCGGUUUGGAGAGUCUUUUGGCAAAACCACACACGCCCUGCUGACAGAUCCCACUGUGUACAAGAGCCCACGCUCCCUGCUGGCACCGUGGCCCAAGCAGAAGAUCGAUGAGGAAUCCAAUGGGAUGAAGCACCGUGUCCAUGGUUACGUCCCUGUUCAUCCAGGAUACUUUCCUUAUGAGAAAGAUGUGGCUGCAACAAACUUUCCUGACCCAAUCCUUGAUCCGAGACCUCCCACACCAGGGCCAGGACUGGCAGAAGAUGACCUGAUGAUGAUGGACACGGACCCCAUGCUCUGGCACCAUCCAGGAGAGUAUGUCCCAAGGCCACGGCUGCCACGUGGGUACAUACAGAGGAUUUCACACCAUCCUGCCUCUGAGGAGCAAGAGUGGCGACUGCCCGAGAUAACCCCGUCUUGUGGACAGGGAAGAAGUUAUGGACCCAUCCAGCUCUGCGGCUCCCCCAUCAUCCUGGGGAGGAAGCGAACCGGUGAGUGGUUUUGGGUGGAAAAGACAUAUGAUUUAAGCAAGGCAGCUAAGGGAGGAAGUGGGUUGUACUGGUGUUCUUUUUAUUUCUGCUUAUAUUUUAAGCCUGUAAGAAGUGAAGGAGUGACUCUGCCAGGAGUGGAAGAAAUCACGGAUGUGAAGCAUAAAUGGUUGCCAAACCUGGAUAUACCAAAUGCAAUCCAACAGAAAGUCAUUCCAGGAUACUCUGGCUACAUCCCCCGCCUCAUCUGGAUUAACGGCAUGAACUACAACCGGAGUGUGAAGGAAGCUAUGAAGGAAUUUGAUGAAUAUCAGAGAAACCCAGUUUGCAGGCUUGGCAAUAGAUAUCCCCAAACAUACUGGCCAAACAACCAAAUUUACACCAGUGCUGGACUGAUACCUGGCUAUGCGGGCUUCGUACCAAACCUGCGAGACACCUACUCGCUUGCUUUUGGGAACAGCACUCGAAAAGCUUACAAAAAGGAAUAAAGGAGACAA